AUGAAAGGAUAUUCAAAAUCAGCUUUCACACGAACAGUUUUAAUUUCAACGACAGUAAACAGGAAUCAUAACCAACCUCUUCGUUGCCGUCACUGUCCUACUUGCAAUAGAUGUGUUGUAAAAUUCGACCACCACUGUCCAUGGAUUGCCAAUUGUGUCGGCGAACGCAACCAUUCAGUCUUUGUCGCCUUUCUUUUCCUGCAUAUCUAA